AAAUGCGUCGUAUUGAAAACUUAACUUUAUGUCCCCUCGACCCAAUAGUGCAAUGUGCAAUUUUAGUUCUUGUUCAGUUUCACUAUCUUGUCCCCAAUUUUGUACUCAGAGAGUUAAGAUUUGUUUUGGUGCUAUAUAUCUUACUUUAAAAAUAAAAAGACUAAAACUUUACAUGCUCUCAAUGUUAAAACUAAUUUUAAGAUAUGAAUUUAGGGAGCAGAGACUUAAAGAUUGAUUAGGUUGAGAUUAUAAUGGCUUUCUGUUUUUCGAUAUCAAGAACCAUAGUUUACAUAUCAUGACCGAGCCUGGCAGCCAUCUGGAAUCAAACCGGCCGAGAUGCAACUCCGCCUGAAGAUAUCAAUAAUUGUUAUUAUUCUUCCGUUGAACUUGACAUCCUGCAAUUGGAAAUUUUGCACUAAAUAACCAAGGCGGAAUUUGGCAUGCCAUGCAAAAAAAUCCUUCUUAAACCCUUCGAGACCUGUCCUCUGUUCUAAAACAAAACACCACGCCAUAAAUUUGACAACUCCCUCUAUGUCCAAGCUCAACCCACUUUUCUUUCUCCUUCAAAUUUCCAGAACACCCUCACAAAUUCUCCAAAUCCACUCCCAACUCAUUAUUAGAAACCUCUUAAUCGACCCCUUUAUCUCAAGCCAGUUACUGCUCUCUCUAACUUCACCUAACACACUCAACAUGGACCAUGCUGAGCUGUUGUUUACUCAGAUUCAACAACCCAAUACUUUCAUGCAUAACACUAUGAUCAAAGCCUAUACUCAAACCUCAAACCCACGAAAGGCUUUUGAUAUUUAUGUUAAUAUGAAAAGAAGAGGGGUUUUGGUUGAUAACUACACAUACCCAUUUAUGCUAAAGACUUGUGGGGUGCUAAUGGGAUUGGUGGAGGGGAGAGAAAUACAUGUAGAGGUAGUGAAGAGAGGGUUUUCGUGUGAUGUUUUUGCGGUGAAUGGUUUGAUUGGAAUGUACUGUAAAUGUAAAGAAAUAGUUUGUGCUAGAAUGGUGUUUGAUGAGUCUACGGCUAAAGAUUUGAUAUCUUGGAAUUUGAUCUUGGGUGGAUAUGUGCAAAGUGGAGAAAUGGGGGCAGCGCAGAAGAUGUUCGACGAAAUGCCGGAGAAGGAUGUGAUUUCAUGGUCUAUUGUGAUUGAUGGGUAUGGGAAGAGAACUGCUGACAUUGUUUCUGCACGGGCUCUUUUUGACCGCAUGGCCACAAAAGAUUUGGUUUCUUGGAACUCUAUGAUUGAUGUAUAUGCAAAGGUUGGUGAAUUGGUGGCUGCUCGUCAAUUAUUUGAUUCUAUGCCAAUGAAAAAUGUAAUUUCAUGGAGCAUCAUGAUAGAUGGCUAUGCUCAGCAUGGAAAUCCGAAUGAAGCAUUGGGUCUAUUUAGGCAGAUGCUUUGCCAAGGUGUGAGACCUGAUUCGGUAUCUGUCAUGGGUGCAAUAUCAGCUUGUGCUCAGCUGGGUGCCCUUGAUCAGGGCAGAUGGAUACAUUUGUACAUAAAGAGAACUGGAAUCACAAUGGACAUAGUUGUUGAAACUGCAUUAGUAGACAUGUAUAUGAAAUGUGGGAGUCUUGAUGAGGCUCGCAGUUUGUUCUAUUGCAUGUCAAAAAGGAAUGUCAUUUCCUAUAAUGUGAUGAUUGUUGGACUUGGUAUGAAUGGUUUUGGAGAGGAGGCUCUAGAAUGUUUUGCUCAAAUGGAAAGGGAGGGGAUUCCAAAGGAUGAUCUCAUCUUUCUAGGUGUUCUAACAGCUUGUAGCCAUGCCGGUCUCAUAACUAAAGGAUUCCGCAUUUUUCACACUAUGAAGGAAGACUACAAAAUUGAACCUAAGCUUGAACAUUUCAGCUGUUUGGUAGAUCUUCUCAGCCGAGCAGGACAGUUAGAGCAAGCCCUAAAUAUUAUAGAUUCUAUGCCCAUGAAACCUAAUUCAGCUCUUUGGGGGACUCUUCUCAUGGCAUGUCGAACUCAUCAAAAUGUAGCUCUGGCAGAAGUUGUAGUCAAAAGGCUUGUGGAGCUAAAAGCAGAUGAUUCUGGGGUAUAUGUACUUCUUUCAAAUAUCUAUGCAGAUGUAGGAAUGUGGAAUGAUGUUCUUCGGUUACGGGAACUGGUGAAGAACAGAAAGAUGAAGAAGGAAAUUGGAAGUAGUAUAAUUGAGGUAGACGGCAGUAUCACUGAGUUUGUCAGUGGAGAAAUCCAUCAUAUCUGGAGUGAAGAACUAGAAUUAGUUAUCUGGAGCUUUCUAAAAAUGGCCAUGUGAAGAGUAUGUUGAGACUCAGGUACAUGCUCAACUGUGAAAAGUUCAAUAAGAAAUUUUUAUGCUGACACCAUAUCUUUGCCAUUUUGUUACAGUAUAAAUUUUUAUACUGAUAAUCAUUUUAUUCAAUUUUAAAGUACUUUCUUGAGGUUGAGGCUGAGGAGAAUGCGGUAAUAGAAAACUCUCAUCGGGAACUCAUUAACUUGCCUUUGAAGUUAAAAGCAUUAGGAUUCUUAUGGAUCACGUUGAAAAGUAAUGAAGCAUUGGGAUUCUUAUGAAUCAUGUUGAAAAGUAAUGCAGCAUUAGGAUUCUUAUGAAUCAUAAGCAUUUUGGAACUUGUGAGAAGGAAAGAAACUGCAAAACACUAGUCUUUCUGUACAUCAGUAGUUACAAUUAUUGUGUUUACAGACAAGAAAUAAAGGCUACAUUGCUAA